AAACCUCACAAGGACUGCUGGACUACUCAAGAGGCGAUUCGUUCCUCCGUAGUAUUCGCAUAUUGCCUCUAUCUUCUUCGAAGUCAUUCUUUCACUUUGUUGUGUUGCUAGCUUCAUGACGGCCAUCUGCGCUCUGUUUGUUUACCCAGUCGCGUCUACCUAAAGCCCCACCACAUCCCAUCCUACAUCUACACCUAGCGAUACACUCGCGCAUCAUUGAGCAGAUAUUACACCAUGGUCGCCACUAUCGAGGCAGAUGUGGACAUCAACUACGAGAUGAAGGAUCUUCAACAUUCGCUACGGAACGCGACUUUGGAACUCAGUCUCGAACGGAGUAAGCAUUCGGUCGAAGCUGUCGUCAAAGACGAGGAGAUCCGGAAGUUGCGAGUCGCCCAGUGUCUCCUCCAAGACGAUAACAGCGACCUACACGAACAACUCGAGGAGGAGCAGGCGCGCUCCGACGAGCUAGAAGCAUCACUCGAAGAGGCUCUUGCGCAGUUGGACGAGCAACGAGCGGAGGCAGAGGCAGCACAAAACACCAUCCGCACCCAGGCGCGGGAAGUCGCGAAUCUCAAGGCUAUGGAAAACGUCACGUCCGAUUCCAACAAGAUACUAUCCGACAAACUCGCCCUCUCUCGCGAAAUCUCAUCACUACGCCCCGAAGUCGAACACCUACGCGCCCAGGUCGAAGCAAACACCAGUCUACUCUCCGAGAAGCUCGCGUUGCAACGCCAGAUGACUACGCUACAAGUCGAACUCGAGAACGAGAAGCGAACCUCCGCCCGUACCAUUGCGAAACAAGGCAAGAAGAUGGAGCAGGAUGAGGACCUCCGCAACGAGUUGGAGGAGGUGCGCAAUCAGCUCGCAACGGAAAAGAAGGACCGGAUGAAGGCCGAAGCUGGGCUUACAAAGGCUGAAAAGGCCAUGGAGAAGGUGCAGGCCGAUCUGGAGUCGCAGCAACAGGCAACCGAAAGUCUGCAGGCCAAGGUCGAGAGCCUGUCCAACAAGGAAGCCAGCAAGGCUAGCAAGCGCAGUGAGGCCCAAGAUGCCGCGAUUGAACAACUCCGCGAGGAACUACAACAAGAAAAGGCUGCACGCCUACAAGCAGAGAAAGCCCGUAAGGACACCGCCGCCCGCGAUGCAGAGAUCGAAGAGCUGCGACAAGAACUUGAACAGGAGAAGCGCGAGCGUCAGAAGGCAGAGAAGGCGUCGAGGAAAGGUUCGCAGCAACCAGACGAGCAAGCCGAAGCUGCAAGGAAAGAGCUAGAAGAAGAGAAGCGCGAGCGCAAGAGGCAAGAGAAGGAAUACACCAAAACCUUGGCCGAACUCCAGGGCAAGAACGCGGUCCUCGAUGAUAAGCUGAGUGCUUUCCGCGAAAAGCUGCGAACAACAAAAGAGAAGUUGAAGGAGAAGGAAGCUGAGCUUCAGAGGGCAGACCGGGCGCAGACCGCACCACCUGUUAAGAGCACCGCAGCCGCAUCUAGCAAGCCCGCAAAGACUGCUCGCAAGCGUAUGGCUGCUACCGCUGAGCCAGAGACUAUGCUGGGUACACCGGGAGACGGCUUCCCUGCGAAGAAGGCCAAGCGCGGCACUUCGGUCUCUGCCAUGGGUGAUACAUCCACCUUCUCCCUAACGCCAUUCUUGAACAAAACGAGCACCAUAGCACUUGACAGCCCUAUCAUUGAAGAAGAGGAGGAGGAGGAGGAAGCCGAGCAACAAGUCGAAGAAGAAGCUGCCGAAGAACAAGCUACUCCAACAGCGCCUCCCAAGAAAGCCCUCAAGAAGACUGCCCAACCCAAGGUCAAGGCCCUCGCUCCAUCAGCAUCGAGCAAGGCAAACGCGAAGCCACGCAAGAAGAACGCUGUCCCCGUCCUCGAAAUGGUCUCAGAGGAAGCAUCUGAGCUCUCGCACAACACAUCCAAAGACGCAUCCGAGAACGCACCCGUAUCCAUCCCGACCAAAGACGACGAUGGCCCAUCCAAGAAGUCCAGCAAAGUCAAGCCUCGCAAGUCCCUCAUGUCCUUUGCCACAUUCACCGAGGAACCCGCCGCAGAGAAGAAGAAGAAGCGCAAGCUUGGUGCUGGUGCCGGCAAGACACUCUUCGAUUCUGAAGAUGCCGAAGAUGCUGCGCCCCUGAAACCUGUUGGUCUCAGCAAAGGUCUCUUCGCGGCGAGGGCCCUGAGUAAGAAUGUGUUGGGUAAGCAGGGGCAGGGACGCCCCAUUUCGGGCGGGUUCAACAUGAUGAGUGAGGAGGCGUUUACCUUCUCGCCGCUCAAGAAGGAUCGUAGAGGGGCGAGUAUUCUGAAGUAGACUUUAUGGGGUUGGGGUUGUGAGGUGCUGUACAAUAUUCGUUUGGUGCAUAUUUGGCGUUUGGUGUCACGUAUUGGCAUUCAUUAGACUUCAGGUUAUAUGCAAUACAUAUAUUACAGUUGCAUCUUACAAUACAGGAGCAAUGCGAGAUACUAUCUUUCAUAAGUCAGAUUGAGGAACACAUAGACACUUCUGUAGGACGUCCGACAGGCCGAACUUCUGUGAAGACCUCCGCGCUGCUACAUUGCACUUUUUCGAACACUUGAAAAUGUGUCGUAUGCAAACACGCUAGAACUCUAACUGUCUUGUUCUG